AUGAAUGAUGAAUUAGAUAAGACACACGAAUCACAACCAGACAACAAUUAUCAAGACUUUCUUAGGUCUUUAGAUAAUGAAGAAUUAUUAACUCAUAUUAGUCAACUAUCAUCGCUUACUCAUCAUCUGCAAAAUCCUCUCAAACAACCAUCUUUUCAAGAAGUUUCUACCCCAAAAGCGCUAAAACAAGUUUCAUUCACAAGCGUAGCAAGUUCUGAUCCAUUCGAUGAUGGUCUAGAUGAUAUCUUAUUAAAAGUCGACGCGUCUGGACAUCUCCAGAAUUCAUUUGCUGAACGCGCACUACCACCAAUCACUAAUGAGGAACCUCCUCACAUUCCUGAUGAAGAGAGCGAUAAUAAUAAUGAUGAUGACAAGACAGAAGAGAGUAUUGGUAAAUUACAUGAAUUUGGAGACUAUGGAACCUAUUUCCAUUCCAAGCAUCUAAAACAACAAAAACAAGAUCUCGAUUAUCUCAAAUGGGAAAAACAACGAAGGAGAUUACAAAAUAUCCCCAGUCAGAAUACUAAACCGAUUUUUGAAGGUUGUGUAAUAUUUGUGAAUGGACAUACCCUGCCUUCAAUAAAUGAGAUUCAUAGAUUGGUUAUAUUACACGGUGGGAAAUUUAUUAGUUUUUUGUUUAAUAAAUCUGCUGCUACUCAUAUUAUUUGUGAUCGAUUGACUCCCAGGAAAAGUAUAGAAUUUAAGAAUUGUCGGGUUGUGAAGGCGAAAUGGAUAGUUGAUUGUGUCGAGAAACAAGAGUUACUAGAUUGGCAAGAAUAUAGAUUGAUCCUGGAAGUGUCGUAUGAUCAAACCCGAUUAGGAUUUCAGAGAUUGCAACAACCCGAUUCAGCCCCUGGUCCCCAGCAAAUGCAGCAGAUCGAAGAAAACCAAGCUAAUGAUACGGAUGAAGACGGAUUAGAAGAGGAACAUGAGGAUGAGGAAAUCCUUUCACCCCUUCUAUCGCAAAGCGAUCAAAUCCUAAACCGACUGCAACAAUUAGAAAAUCAAGAAGGUAAAGAAAACGAGGAGGAGGACGUGUUAGUAACUCUAGAAGCAGAGCCAAAAGAAGUCAAAGGAGUUCAUAAAGUCAAUAAUAAAUACGUUUUAGAUUGUCGACACCCAGAUUUCUUACCCAAAUUCUUUGCCAACUCAAGAUUACAUCACUUAAGUACCUGGAAAGCCGAUCUCCGAUUGAAAUUUCUACGAAAAAUCAUUCAUGAACGCAAGCAUCGACCACAACAACCAAUAUCAUCACCUCAGAAAAAUGUGAACCCGUUCUUAGACCCCAAUCACCAACGAGAAAAGCUUAUAAUGCAUAUCGAUUUCGAUUGUUUUUUCGCAACCGCUUCAUGCUUGAAUCGCCCCGAUUUAGAUAUUAAUAAAGACCCAAUUGCCGUUAGUCAUGGUGGGAAAACUUCCGAUAUUGCAAGUUGUAAUUAUGUUGCUCGAAGUUAUGGAAUCAAGAAUGGUAUCUGGCUCGGAGGUGCAAAGCAAAAAUGUCCGGAUUUAGUAUUGUUGGAUUAUGAUUUUGCUGCAUAUGAGAAAUAUUCUGGAGAAUUUUAUAAUUAUUUGGUAUCCAGUGAUAUCUUUGAUACGAUUUUCCCGGUUCUGAUAGAUGAAGUAUUAGUCGAUGCUAGUUCGUAUUGUUUGGAUCCUGCUAAAGAUACGGUCCAGGUUGUGAAUGAAUUAUGUGCCAGGAUUCGGGAGGAUAUUUUCAAAAUCACAAAAUGUUCCGUAAGUGUAGGUGUAUCAUCAAAUGUCCUAUUGGCCAAACUUGCAUUACGUAAAGCAAAACCGGACGGAUAUUAUUAUCUUCAUGAAAAUAUCAGCCAAUUCUUGGAAUCUGUUCCAGUAAGAGACUUACCAGGCAUGGGAGCAAGUCUAGUUGAGAAAUUAUCAAACGAAAUCCAAUCAUCUACCGCGAACCCGCCAACAUUAAAAGACCUACUCCCCUUUUCCAGAUCCCGAUUAAUGACCCUAUUUGGAGAAAAAACCGGCACAAAACUCUAUCAGUAUGCCCGAGGCAUCGACCACACCAGUAUCGAAAUAGAUUCCUCCAGCAAUCCAGAAUCAGUCCUCGGCAGGAAAUCAGUCUCAGUAGAUGUCAAUUUCGGUAUUCGUCUAGACACAAUCCAAGAACUUGAUGAUUUCUUAAUGAGACUCGCUCGGGAAUUAUACACCAGACUAAUCAAUCUCGGAAUCUGUGGAUCUGGAAUCACCCUCAAAUUGGCCAAACGUGCCCCAAAAGCCCCCGUCAAUCCUCCGAAGUUUUUAGGUAUGGGAUGGUGUGAAUAUGUGAACAAAUCGGCUCGGUUGGGUGUGCCGACGAAUGAUUGGGGUGUGAUUGGGGCGGAAGUUAAGGUACUUUAUAGAAUGAUGAAUGUGCCGGUGAAGGAGUUGAGAGGGAUAGCGAUUACGAUUACGAGACUUAGGGAUGUUGAGAGUGUGAAGGAGUCUAGACAGAUGAGACUACCGUUUAAUCAGAUUACAAGCGCGAAAGAACUGGGGAAUGUUGGCGAUCAGAUUAGGGAGGAGUUUGAGAAGGAGGAUAAGAAGAGGAAGAGGUUGGUUACUCCAGCCACGUCACCUUUGAAAGUCCAGAAGACGGAUCGGGUUGUGUUUGCGAAAGAGCAAUGGGAGAAAUAUCAGAAUCAGAAACGAAUAGGCGAUCCGGUGUCAGGUCAUUUUCAUGAUAUUAGUGCGAUAGACUGGGAAGUUUUUGAAUCGUUACCUGAUGAGAUUAAAAGAGAGGUUGAACAUGAAUUAAGCCGUAGAGGGUUGUUAUCUGAUACGAAACCAACCAAACUGCGGGCUCCACCUAACAGUAAAGUCUAUUUACAACAAUUACUACCUACACAAUCAGGAAGUGCACCUAAAUUUGUUCGGGUCAUUGAAUCACCCAAGAAGAAAUCCCCUCAGAAACGAACCAGAUCAGCAACUACCCUGCCUGUGAAACAACUUCCACCUGCUUAUGAAGAAUCACAAUCGUAUGAUUCAGCGAUCUUGGAUGAACUUCCGUCUUCGGUACGUGCUUCCGUCAUGAAAGAUAUUGCAUAUAAGAAGAAAAUAAAGAAAUUUGAUCUAGUUCCAGUUCGUGAUAAGAUUGCGAGAAAGUUUGAACAAUCAAAAACCAUCGUUUCCGAAAUCACAAAGGAAUGGAUUUCGGACCAACCGAAAUUAACUGAACUUCCAUUAUUCUUGAACCAAAAACUCACCGCACGUGAGCUUGAUCAGAAUCUACGUGAUUGGGUUAAGACUUCAUUAGAUCAAUGUGGUCCUCAUCAAGAUGAUGUGAAUUAUUUUAUGGAAUAUAUGAAGGCGAUGUUGGUGCAAGAUGAUCUUUGUCAAUGUUUACUUAUGGUGCGUACGAUCAAUAAGGCAUUGGAGUAUCAUAAGUCGAUUAUACCGUUUACUAGUCACGGGGAAGAAGAAUUGUCAUUGUUAGAACAGGGAAUUGAAGAUUGGCAUCGACAGUUGGAUGUCACAUCAUUAAUAAAGGCAUAUAAAUUAAAUCAGUUGGCAUCAGAAAUAAUCAAGGUUCAUAAAGUCACUCGUCGAGAUUUGGAACUGUAUCAUGACUCCGGGUUUGUGAAACAAUUGCUUAUUCCCAGAGAAGAAUUGGAUCAGAGUAUUGAGGAAUACCGAACAGUGAAGCAAUUAGUGAAGAAAGCUGUUUUUGGAGAUUUUCCUGACUUGUCUUCCAAGAGUUUGCCGGAAGACGUAUCUGAUGAGGAAGAGGAUGACGAGGAUGAAAGUGACGAAGGUGAUGAUGAGUCCAAGGAAGAGGAUAAUGAAGAUGAUGAAUCUACUGUAUACACAAAAGACUUGUUUUACGGCCUAAGCCAUGAUUGUUAUCCAUUCCCAUUCAUGAAGACCUAUGUCAACCUCACAGCAGCAUCCAGUAUAGCCGCAGCCCAUGCCCUAAUCCGAGAGUCUAGCAUCGAAACCCAACCAAUUGCGAUCAAUUGGUACGGAGGAAGGCAUCAUUGUACGAAAAGAAAAGCAGCUGGGUUCUGUUAUGUGAAUGAUAUAAUCCUUGCUAUAGGAACCCUUCGAAAACGAUUUUCUAAAGUAUUUUAUCUAGAUCUUGAUUUGCACCAUGGCGAUGGAGUGGAGAGGGGAUAUGAAUUUUCGAAAAAAGUGGCCACUUGUUCUAUACAUCGAUAUGAUAUUGGGUUUUAUCCAGGUACGGGAUCAUUAGAAUCUUCGAGUGACUGUACGUACAACAUACCGACCCAUCGUGGAUUAGGGGAUGCGGGGAUGUUGUUUAUCAUUCGAGAAAUUGUUGCUCUGUUGAUUGAGAAUUUCGAACCUAAGUGUAUUGUUAUUCAAGCAGGUUGUGAUGGACUUGGUACUGAUGAACACAAUGAAUGGAAUAUGACUUUUGAGGGAUAUUGGAUGGCUAUUGAAUUGAUAAUAGAGACAUCAAUACGAGAAGGAUGGAUACCAAUUUUGGACGGAUGA